GCGGGGGCGAGGCAGAUGGGACUCAAGGCGCGCAGGGCGGCGGGGGCGGCCGGCGGCGGCGGCGACGAGGGCGGCGGAGGCGGCGGGGCCGCUAACCCAGCCGGUGGGGACACGGCUGCGGCGGCCGGCGACGAAGAGCGAAAAGUGGGGCUGGCGCCCGGCGACGUGGAGCAAGUCACCUUGGCGCUCGGGGCCGGCGCUGACAAAGACGGGACCCUGCUGUUGGAGGGCGGCGGCCGCGACGAGGGGCUGCGGAGGACCCCGCAGGGCAUCGGGCUCCUGGCCAAGACCCCGCUGAGCCGCCCGGUCAAGAGGAACAACGCCAAGUACCGGCGCGUCCAAACUUUGAUCUACGACGCUCUCGAGAGACCGCGGGGCUGGGCGCUGCUCUACCACGCGCUGGUGUUCCUGAUUGUCCUGGGGUGCUUGAUUCUGGCCGUCCUGACCACGUUCAAGGAGUACGAGACUGUUUCAGGAGACUGGCUUCUGUUACUGGAAACAUUUGCUAUUUUCAUCUUCGGAGCCGAGUUUGCUUUGAGGAUCUGGGCUGCUGGAUGUUGCUGCCGAUACAAAGGCUGGCGGGGACGACUGAAGUUUGCCAGGAAGCCCCUGUGCAUGUUGGACAUCUUUGUGCUGAUUGCCUCCGUGCCAGUGGUUGCCGUGGGAAACCAGGGCAAUGUCCUGGCCACCUCCCUGCGAAGCCUGCGCUUCCUGCAGAUCCUGCGCAUGCUGCGGAUGGACCGGAGGGGCGGCACCUGGAAGCUCCUGGGCUCUGCCAUCUGUGCCCACAGCAAAGAGCUCAUCACCGCUUGGUACAUCGGCUUCCUGACACUCAUCCUUUCUUCAUUUCUUGUCUACCUGGUGGAGAAAGAUGUGCCAGAGAUGGAUGCACAGGGAGAGGAGAUGAAGGAGGAGUUUGAGACCUACGCAGAUGCCCUCUGGUGGGGCCUGAUCACUCUGGCCACCAUUGGCUAUGGAGACAAGACACCCAAAACGUGGGAAGGUCGUCUGAUCGCAGCCACCUUCUCUUUAAUCGGCGUGUCCUUUUUUGCUCUCCCAGCGGGCAUCCUGGGGUCCGGGCUGGCCCUCAAGGUGCAGGAGCAGCACCGUCAGAAGCACUUUGAGAAGAGGAGGAAGCCAGCUGCUGAGCUCAUCCAGGCUGCCUGGAGGUAUUAUGCUACCAACCCCAACAGGAUUGAUCUCGUGGCAACGUGGAGGUUUUAUGAAUCAGUCGUCUCUUUUCCAUUCUUCAGGAAAGAACAGCUGGAGGCAGCAGCCAGCCAAAAGCUGGGUCUCUUGGAUCGGGUUCGCCUUUCUAAUCCUCGUGGUAGCAAUACUAAAGGAAAGCUAUUUACCCCUCUGAAUGUAGAUGCCAUAGAAGAAAGUCCUUCUAAAGAACCAAAGCCUGUUGGCUUAAACAAUAAAGAGCGUUUCCGCACGGCCUUCCGCAUGAAAGCCUAUGCUUUCUGGCAGAGUUCUGAAGAUGCUGGGACAGGUGACCCCACGGCAGAAGACAGGGGCUACGGGAAUGACUUCCUCAUCGAAGACAUGAUCCCCACCCUGAAGGCCGCCAUCCGAGCAGUCAGAAUUCUCCAAUUCCGCCUCUAUAAAAAAAAAUUCAAGGAGACAUUGAGGCCUUAUGAUGUGAAGGAUGUGAUAGAGCAGUAUUCUGCAGGCCACCUGGACAUGCUUUCCAGGAUCAAGUACCUGCAGACGAGAAUAGAUAUGAUUUUCAGCCCUGGACCUCCAACUACUCCAAAACAUAAGAAGUCUCAGAAAGGGGCAGCCUUCACCUACCCGUCCCAGCAGUCUCCCAGGAAUGAACCAUUUGUGGCCAGAGCAUCUACAUCAGAAAUUGAAGACCAAAGUAUGAUGGGGAAAUUUGUAAAAGUUGAGCGACAGGUUCAUGACAUGGGGAAGAAACUUGAUUUCCUCGUGGACAUGCACAUGCAGCACAUGGAGAGGCUGCAGGUGCACGUCACAGAAUACUACCCGACCAAGGGGGCCUCCUCGCCAGCCGAGGUGGAGAAGGCAGAAGAGAACAGGUACUCUGAUUUGAAAACCAUCAUCUGCAACUAUUCCGAGACAGGCCCCCCUGAGACCCCCUACAGCUUCCACCAGCUGCCCAUCGACAAAGUCGGCCCCUAUGGGUUUUUUGCACACGACCCAGUGAACCUGCCCCGUGGGGGACCCAGUUCUGGAAAGGUUCAGGCGACCCCGCCUUCCUUGGCCGGCACGUAUGCAGAGAGGCCCACCGUCCUGCCGAUCUUGACUCUUCUUGACUCCCGAGUCAGCUACCACUCCCAGGCUGAACUGCCCGGCCCCUACUCGGACCCAGUCUCCCCUCGGCAGAGACGCAGCGUCACGCGGGACAGCGACACGCCCCUGUCCCUGAUGUCCGUCAACCACGAGGAGCUGGAACAGUCUCCGAGUGGCUUCAGCAUCUCCCAGGACAGAGACGAUUACAUGUUUGGCCCCAGCGGGGGGUCGAGCUGGAUGAGGGAGAAGCGGUACCUCGCCGAGGGGGAGACAGACACAGACACCGACCCCUUCACCCCCAGCGGCUCCAUGCCUCUGUCAUCCACAGGGGACGGGAUCUCUGACUCCAUAUGGACCCCUUCCAAGAAGCCCUCUUAAAAGGGGUCACUGGCUGACCCCGCCUAGUAACGUAGACAGACUUUGUACAGCUCACUUCCUCGCCCACCCAAAGCUAACCAGUGGGAUCACCAGUGGCUGCAUCGAAUGCAUGCAUGGCGUGGUGGCCCCACCCGGGCAGGGGCCGGCCAAGGCCUUUCUCCUCCCCAGGUCACCACAAUGAAGCCGCUUCCUUUUAAGCAUGGUUUGCAUGACUUUACACUAUAUAAAUGGUUCCACUAAUCUCUUCUAGGAUACACAGUUAUCUGCUGUUCUUACUUUUAAUCAUAAUUGGACCAGGUCAGGGAGAAAUUGACAAGCUGUGCUGCUUGUCUGUUUGGGUGGCUGGUUUGGGUUUGGGUUUGGUAAGCAGAGAUAGUAGUUUAAGUUAUUUCUAGGAUCAUUGCCCCUUUGUUUAAAACACUCCAGUGACUAACUGUUUUCUAAAGCAAGGGAAUAAUUUUCUCAACAGAAACUCAUUGCCUGUCAGUGAGGUUUGCCUACUGAGCUACCGUUAGGAAGGACUGAGAUAGUCAUCACAUCUCCAAUACCGAGAAUUUUUAAAUUAUAUUAUUUUUAAAAAACUGGUAAAACCACUUAAAAGCUCUUAAAGGGACCUCACUUGGUUUGCCACUGUCUGUUAUUAUGCCUCAGUUUCCUUAUCUGUAAAAGAUGGUGAAAAUCCCAAGUGUAGCAUUUCUGAUGAGUUAUGAAUUAGUGCGGAGAAACACACACUCAUAUACACACCCACACACCCACACAGAAGUUAAAACGGUUCCCAAUCUAUGUGGCCAAAGAUAAUGAAACUUAUCAGAUGUGGGGUGCCACUCUGUACAGGAGCUAAGUUCAGUGCCUUCAAAAUGAGGUUCCAACUCACCUUCCUCCCCAUGAUACUGAAGUACCGAAUAUCAAUUUAGAAGAGAAACUAGAGCCAAGAAGGCGCACAGAAAUAGUCUGGUCUAAAUUCUUCUUUUCAAAAACCAGGAACCUUAGGCUUACAUUAAGUGAUGUGCCUGAGGUCGCCCAGUUGUCUAGUGGAGAGCCAGGACUCAAAGCCCAGUCUGCUGACUCCCUCCCUCCCCUAGGGUACCCACACUGCCCCCCUCUCUCAUUUAUACAAUGGGAACUGGAAAUCAUGCUGACAUACAGGUAUUCUGCAAUAUCUGCUUUUAUUGCAAAACAUGCUCACUUGAUACAUUGUAUUUUGGAUCCAGAAAAAAAUAAUACAAGCAAGCUACAUUAUUUAUUAUUAUGCAGCUGGGAAAAAUUUCCAGGGCCAUCCAAUUUUAUUCCUCUAGAUUUCUAAAAUGAAAAUACUAAAACCACAUAUAGCCAUGAGCCCAGCUAAAGUAUAAGCAGACAGCCUGGAGAGCACUGCCCUACCAUGUAAGUAUUAAUUCUAAGCACAAGCCAUCCUGUGGCCUCGUAGAAGACAUCACUACUCUCAGAAAAACUUUGUUGGAAAAGUUUCUGCUAGGCUUGGGCUGGACCAGCUGCAGCACUACACUUUAGUAUUAUUGUCUCUACCAUUUCACUCAUCUAAGCCCUGGUUGUGGAUGAUUGACAUGGUGACCAUCAAGAUGAGUCCAAACCAGUGUCUACCUGCAGAUGCCACUGAUGUCUUCUGUCACAGUCUUGCCAAGAGUGACAAUAGCUAUGCCAGACAUCUAGUUGGUGGUUUCAUUGUUCUCCAAUGCAGGAUUCCUGUGCUAUUUUGAAGAGGGGCUAGUUUCCAAAGGUUGGUUCCUUUCAACCCAUAUGUCAAAGGGAACCAUAAAAAAAGCCUCAAAGUGCAGAAAUGCUUAAGGCUUGGCCUUGGCCAAAGUCUGAAGUCACUGGCCAAGAGAGGGCAUUUUGCGUGAUCGAAAGGGAGUUUUACACUGAGCAUGCCAUGAAUGGAUGGGUCUUGACUUUGAAGUUCAAGAUGAGAAACACAUAAGAGUGACUGCAUAUGUCAGACACAAAGCCCCCUUCCCUAUGAUGUUCCAACAGUCUGAAGGUCAAAGGCUGGGGUCCUUUCAUCAUCCUCCCCACACCCUUCAGUGAAGCUGAAGGUGCCAGUGCAGGCAUUGACCUAAGAAACUCUGUGCCCCUUCCUGGCUUUUCAUUCUGAUUUCCCUGGAAUCACCAGAAAUGGCUGUGCUACCUGCCACCUAACUUGUUGCUGCAUUCUCCUUUAUGCAUCCAGGAAAAAGGGGCAAAAUGAUGGAGAAUGAAUCAGUUUCUCCAUGUGUACACCAAUUAUCUUUUUCUAGUUUAUUAAUAUUCUUGUAGAACCUACUAGCUUAAGUAUCUUUACAAAUAGAUGUGAUAGCAGAGACGUCCGUGGAGUUCUUGGUCAGAAGUAAAUGGCUUCUGUUUCCCAGGCUAAAACAGUUAUCAUAGACUCUAAAGUUAGAGGAACUGCCGUACUUCUUAUAACUUAGAGAGGAUUGGAGCUUAUGUUAAUUCCCAAACUGCAAGUGGGCAGCCUGCUUCCACAUUGGGUCAUAAGGCCAUGAUGGCAGGGACCACAUUUGUCUUAUCACUGUGUAUCCAUCACCCAACAAGUUGUCUUUAUCAGUUUAGACACAGACAAAAUGCAUGUUUGAAAGAAUGAAUGAUAAGAAUCUUAAGAGCUAUUAUUUCCCAUCUAAGAAAAGAAAGAAAAAAAGGAAAAUGAUCUUCUGGAAGAAUUCUGCUUCAAUAUUCCUUUUAAAAAUAUAUAUGUGUAUUCCAGGCAAGCAACUAAAACCUGCUCAGAUUUCAGUUAGGCCCACAAACUGUAUCAGAAACCUGGUUGGUAUUGAUGAAGCAGAAAUUCAAGGUCUGGGAUUGGACUUAAGUUAUGGGGGCAAAACUGUGCUUUCACAAAGAUCCUUUGUCAGGCAAAGGAACAGAGUGAUGGAAUAAUCCAACAGAAUUGGUUAGUAACACUGCCAAAGAUUAUAUUACUUCAGAUACACCAGUGGUUCUUAAGCUUGCUCAGAAAAUUAUAGUAGUCUUGACAUUUCACCAUGAAAUAAUGACAUAUUAAUUCCAUCAUAAAAACUAGGAACAAUUUUCUCAGCAGAAACCAUGUCCCCAUUUUAUGCAUUCAGCUGUGUGUCACGAAAAAUUUUAAAGGGUCCUGUUUUAGCAGGAUCAAAGUGAAUGUAUAAAUUAACUUUUCCAAUGUAGGUGAAAAGUGAUUCCAUUGGGCUGAGACAAAAUUACUUGAGAUCAAGUGUGAUUUUUGAGUAUCAAAGCUAGUACACAAGCAAAGAACAAAAGUUUGAGGGAAAAAAAAUUGUGAGAAGAAAAGAAAAAAACAUCAAAUUGAGGAAGUUCCGCUCAAUAACUGUAUUUGUUCUAAGAACUGAGAGUUUAUGUUUAUUGGACACUACACAGAUACUAUGAAGGCUUGGUAUUCCUGUUACUAUCACUAGAAAACCCCAAGAUAUACUAUAGAUCAAAACAAGUUAAUAAAUCAAUAAUUAUGCAAACAAUGCCUGUUUUGUACAAGGCAGUUCCUAGACUCUAGACUGAGAGAAUAAUUAGCUAUAGAAAAACCUAAUAGAACAGGGUCUCCCGAGAAGUUGCCAAGACCAUUCUCAUACUACCAUGCCACUGUAAUAAGAGAAUAAAGAAACAUUUAUUUGCUUAUUCUUUUGACAAGAAUUACUAAGAACCUCUGUAUGUGAGGCACUGGAAGUCCAGAGACAAGAAAACCACAGUUGCUGCCCUCAAAAAGUUAUGAGUCUGGUGGCCUCAAAUAUCAGAGUCCCUGCAAACAGCAUCUACCAUGAAUGGCAAAUAUGUAAUUUUGUCCCUGCAGACAUGUCCACACAGACAGGAAUGCCUCCUAGAGUGGAAGCAGAUGGGUGGUGAACAUAAAGGCACAGGAGAGCAGAAAUUCUGCAUCAAAAUAAUGAUGACUCCAUCAGCACAGGGAAGGCUGAGUGGGCUGACUGGGUACUUUGAGUUUGGACCCAAUGAGUUGAACUUUAUAGACAUAGCUCCAGAUAAGGUGUUCAAAAAGAAGUUUCUGGAGUAUCUGAAGGAGAUUCUUGGAAGAACCCACCUUCUCCUUCUCUCCAAAUCCUUAUCAGGAUUAAGAUCAGGCAAGUUGCUGAAUUACUUCCAUCUCAUCAUGUUGACCAAGAGAAGUUUAUGGUACAGCAACUAUUUCUUCUAUUUCCAGUGAGAACCUGCACAACCUGCCACAGACAAGAGAAGAAGUUUUUUUCAGUGGUCUAAGAAGUCGACUGUACUUUGGGCGGUGCUGCUAAACACACUGCAGUCUUCCCCCAUCCCUUUGCUUCCCCAGAAAAUGCCACAUAGCUGGUCUUUGGUUUCUAUGAGUAUGCUUCCAAGACAUCUAGGACCACAAAGAAUUCCUUUGCUUUCUGAAACCUGGGCAUCCUAAGGCACUUGCCCCAUGACUUCACUUAUCUUUGAAGGCUUGCUUAUUUCAGAAUGAACUUUUAAAAAGACUAAGUCCUUUCUUUGUAUCCAAAUCAAUCCAGUAUUCUUCUGUUAAUAAUAUUACACUAUUCCCAACUGGGGCAACAGCACCAUAAACCAGGCAGCAGAUAACACCUCACCAAUGCACAGGGUUGGAACAGUUUAGGAGCCGGGCUACUGCUUGGAAACCAGUAAUGGACAGGUCAAAGAGAUGGGAAAGAUAAACCUGGCUGAUAAUUUGAUAGAUAGAUAGAUAGAUAGAUAAAGCCCCUUGUAUGGUAACUGCCAUGUACCAUGGACUCUUGCUUAUAUUGUUUUUACACUAUGUGUGGGCUCCAUUGUCUUGGUCUUUUCAGACAAAGAAUGGUGGAGAUAUAAUCCCAAUUAUUACAUGACAAAAUCAGGCAGUCUUGUAAUUUUUUUUGAAAUAAGGACAUCUCUAAAAUAAACAUGCUUACUUUUUUUUUUCAAAAUGAGGAAGAAGUUUUAUCCCAACAGAGAGCAUGAAUGUUGGAUCCCAGUGGCUGGGCCAUGGCAGUCCAUGGAUCAUUGGAUAUAUGAUAUCAGAUGUUGCACCAUUCUCUCAAAGAUUGAUUUGUAGGAGGUAAAGCCAAAUAGAAGGAAUAAUUCAACUUGAAGAGGCUAGUGGUUUCCUCAGUGAAAGUCAACUGUGUCAUGAUGAAUGUCAAACAACAUCUAAGCAAUGGACCGGGAACUUCCAGAAGACAGAGUUAGUGCUUUCCCAAAUCCUCCCUAGGGAGAUUUGUUUCUAGCUUUUAACAGCCUCAACUUCAGCAUCCCUGUAGGCAAACUCUGGCUACCAUUUUGCCCUUUUAAUACCAGGGAUGCAAAGAGACAAAGUUCAUAGAUUCCUAGAUUUCCAGAGCAAGAAGAGAACUUGACUACCCAGAACAACCAUCUCUCUUCUUAGAUCAGGAAGGGGAGACUCAGAGCAAGGAGAGUGGUACGAGGUCACUCAAUGAAUGAACGAGCGCUUGAGUGGAAGGGACUCCAGAACCCAGGUCUCCUGACCCCUGCUCCAGAUUUUGGAGCUCAAAAAUUAAAAGGGUUUGAAAUGAAAAUAGUAAGGUGAAAAUAAAGUGUUACUAUCGUGCCCAGAAAAUGAAUGAGAGCUGCCUGGCUCUCUUGGGGACUGCAAAAUCAGGCACACUUUUUAGGGACUUCUCCCUUCCCACCUCUGGAAUACAGCUGAGGAUCCUAUCCCAGGCCUUCAAAGAGGACAUUUUUUCCUUCUCCCAGACUCUUGCUAUCUUCCAAGGGCCUAGCAAAACUCCCAACUGCUGUGCACAGAUGAGAAAGGGAUCAAGAAAAAGAGCCAGUGGCCACACAGCACUCCACCCCUCAUUCUUCUGACUGCUCCCACUUUUUCCACCUCCUUGUCCUGUCCAGCUUGGCGUGGUUCAGCUCUCUGGCCCUUCACUGGGACUGAUUCAGCUUCAGAGUCAUGCCUCGGGUUGUAGGCUCAUCUAUAAGAGAAUUUAACAGGAUUUUGCCUCCAAAAAACUCUACGGGUUUGAUUGUAAGAAAUGUGAUGUCAUUUCUUUUGGGGUCUCUAUGACUACAGGCUGCCAGUUCUACUAAAGUUGUCCCUUAGUGCUGGGAUCUCUUGGUCCCACAUGAGCACACACUGUCCCUUCUGCUUUUUUGUCCCAGAGAACGCCCCAUCUUGGCAAGCAUCAAGGCUGCUAGUGCCUUCACCAAAAGCUACAAGGAAGCAAACGUGAUUCAACUUAAGACAUCUUAUGUUUGUGUAAGUUGCAAAUUAUUUUAUUGAGUAAACAGGCUUCUCUUGGCUCAGAUGAGGAUUUCCAGAGUUGGUUUCCAUCUGUGUUGUGCUUGGGAUAGAUUAUCCAGAAUUUGGCAGGGCACCCUGACAGCCCUUGCUAAACCUGGUGGCAGGAUGUUCAGUUCUCCUGAAUCAAACUAAACUAGAAGCUCCUAAGAUAUAGUCAGUAGGAGGCGUUGUCAGGUGCUUGGAUGGCAGUAGUUGACCUGGUAAUUUUAAAGAGUGUCAUUCUUCCUAAGAAACCUUAGCCUCCAAAUAUCACUGUUCUGCAAUUAAUAUAAGUUUCAGGGAGAAAUAAUGGCUUUUGACACAGAAAAAAAUGGGCUCUAGAGAAUAAGCUGAAAGUGACCUGGAAUUAAGCAGUCUAAAGCCUAGCCUGGGACUUAGGAACAUAUUUGUAAUUCCUCUUAGACUUGUCAAGUCAACUGCAUUUUGAUACCUAAUGGUAAUGAUGAAAAAUGAGAGCAUAUUUUCCUUCAACAUUCCGUUCUCUCCUUCUGCCCACAAAACUGAAUUCCGUGAAGGGAAGAGAAAUUUUUCCUAAGCUCUUUUUAUGAGUUGCAUGCAACUUAAUAUUUCUCUCUCUUCAUUUUGUGCACUUCAAGUCCUAACAUCAUGAGGUAGGUGACUUUGUUCCCAUCUUAUAGCCAAGGAGACUGAAGCUGAGAGGGAAAGGACCUUGCCAAAGGUCACACAUCAUAAGGGGAAGAAUUGGGAUUUUAACCAAAGCCCGUGUGCCUCCAAAGUUCAUUCCCUUCCCCAAGUCUCCCAGAAAUCAUAUAUGCUCCCCAAAUCAUGCCCCGUGCUUCUCCACAGAGUGCACCCUCCUAUGCCCUGUCAGCUUUUUGGUAAAAUGACAACAGGCCCACUUGUCCCUUGGAAAGAAGCAUGUUUGUUGGGUCAGAUGCUCCGCUUGGCUAAUCAGCAGGUACUGCCUGCUCCUUUGACUGGUUUCACAAUCCAGCUGUCUGUGGUGAAAAAUAGUGCCACAUAAAUUAUUCACCUGGUUUUUGCUGGAAUCCUUAGCUCUCAGAGUUUGAGAGGCUACAGACAGCUCUACAGGCAUUCCUUGUUCUUUGUCCCCAAGGAUAUCCUGUCAUUGGUUUUAACCAAAUGUGUUCACAUGUCCCCGUGUUUCUGCUGACUCUGGUAUUUUGUCUCGAGACUGUAACUUUUUUUUCAGGGCUUUUGGCUGGUGAGACAGACUCCGCCCCAUGCUGAAAAAUCACCUCAGAAAGACAGACAGACAUAAUCAGAUUUGUCAGUCCUUCCCUGUUUUAAAGAGAAAAAUCAUUUCUACCUUGCUUCAGAUGGGAUAUAGCUGUUCUUUUUUUCCUCUCUCUUUCUAAUAUAGCAGUAGUGGAAAACGCCCACUCUGAAGAACAAAUUGAGGUUUCCAGUGACACGAUUCCAUUGCGUUUGAUUUGGGGUUUUACUUUCUUUAACCCCCCUUUUACGGCAUAGAAUUCUGGUGCCUUGCUCCCUGAAUUUGUCCCUGUGCUACGAGUAGGCUUUCUUCACAUUCUGGCUUACACGGGAACACAACUAUUCCACAAGUGGCCUUUAGUGCUCUUUAUAAUAUGAUUUCCUGUAAUUUUUAAACUGUAUGUGUAAUUUAUAUUCUGGCUCUGUCCAAUAUUUGAACAACUUUAAUAGGUUGAUUUCCAUAUAUAUUAUGCAAACAAUUCUUACCUGAUUUUUUUAUGUUCUAUCUUAAAUACUGCACCAGUACUUAA